AUGAAGGUGAUCCCUCCUUCUUUGCUUGCACUGCAGCAACAUAUUGCUUCCUUGCCGUUUGAUGUGCUCAUCCGACGCAUUCACUCCAGCUCUAAAUGUAAUCCCGCACGAUCCCUUGAAGCCCACUUCAUUGGUGCCCGUUCCCACUUAGCCCGUGGCAAGGGUCAAGGGUUUGCCGAGCUUCCACAAGUGAGUGGGGAACGGCUCGCGUCAACGUCGUCGCAAAAUGCAGAGACCGUGGUAGUAUCAUCCCUGCAGCUUCGGGAGCUCUUGAGUGAACGACUCCUUCAAGAUGUUCAGCAGCCACGGACGCGGUUACAGCUGAAUGUUGAUGAUCUUAGUUUGAUUCUCGCCAACGCCGUGCGGCAUAAAUUUUCGUUUCGGCUCACCAAUACAACGUUACGACGCUUCACGGAAGCUCUAAACGGUGUUUGGGGCAAAGAUGCCGCAUCUCAGCAAAUCGAAGCCCUUUCUCGUGUGAUGGAAGCUUGCUGUGAUGGGCUUGAGGGAAAUGGCUUGAUGACAUGGGAUGAUCUAGCAAACCUGGUGGCGAUGGUAGAACAAAGGUGGUCACUCUUUACCAAAUCCAAUUCCCUCUGUUGUUUACUUUUACAGUUUUUCUCUUCUGUGAUUGCGGUAGAAGUCUCGACGGAAGCGCCAAUGCCAGGCAUAUUGAGAGCCGAUCCCGUACUGCUAAAGGAACGAUGUCUACAACUUGUUCAUGAUGCUACUGACAUUUUGGCGGAGACGUUGGAGGCCGGUAUCCCUCUCACUUGGAGCCCCGCAGAGUUGCAAGGCAUGUGUAGGGUCGUGAAGCAGCUACGUCACUAUGAACAUGUUCGAAGCUCCUUGAAAACUAACUCUUUGGGACGCGUGCGUUUUUGGAAGCGAACUGCAGCGACUGCACCUGCUGAACCAGCGGAUGCUGUACCUGUCUACAAGCAACUUAGUCGAUUAGUGACGACUCAAGUGCUUUCCAAUAGUCGUUUGGUAACUGAUGUAGAAGCCAUGACAAUAGCACAGGUUGCUGGAGUUUUUUCCUCUGUUUCAUUUGCUUGUGGGACUGAGGCGAUUCUUCGGUUUACCGUUCCCGUUCAGAAUGUUCUCAAGAGAGUCGUUGUCGCUGACGCUACGAGUAUGAGGCAUGUCAUUUGCAUCGGCGAAGCGAGUCUUCAUGUGGAAGGAGCCUCUUUGCUCUUUGUAGAGGCGGUUCGUUCCAUUAGUCGCUUUGCUUUUGUUUUAACAUCUGCUGCGACGUGGGAUUUGCUGUGCCGUGUGUGCGCAUUGUUGGAGGGCGCCCCUUUGAGUUUACGCGCGGUGGUGGUAAUGAGUUUGUGCUCGUUGCAGGGUUCGCUGGAAAAUUUGCGGCGUCUUCCCUCGUCCGCCUCACCGGAGUUUGCGUCGUUUCGUUUGGCGGUCGCCAUGGUAUGCACCCUUCUCGCGCAACACAAGGUGCAAACAGGUCUGCGGAUGGAGGAAAUAAUUUACAGUGUGGUGGAGGCAGCGCCCAUGAUGCGUGACGGCGGUAAAAGUGGCGCCUCGACGCUUGUGCGUUGUUUUUUCUUCUUAACCUCGAUCCGAUCGCAUGCAAAUUCGGAGAGGCAGGCGCGGGCGAUUCACCUCGCAAUGGCGGAAGCCAGUCGGCUUUUGAAUGAAAAAAAUGAGGACCAUCCAAUUCAGUUAACGAACGCGGAGCAAAGCAUGUUGCGGAAUUCGUUAAAAAGGUACCGUGAAAUGUUAGCCCAUUCCGAAGCGAAGCGAAAUACACUUUCACAAGGCGCUGAAACUCAACACGACGCACUCACUUCCUCCCCACGUGACGCCGACGCACCGCCAGCACCACCGUCAGCAGCGGCAGCGUCCCGACAAGAACUUUUUUCGCCCUCCGCUUCAAAAACGGCGAAAACAACAGGUCGAAUUUGA